AUGGUCUCCCCUGAACCGACAAAACGUGACGACGAAACCGGCGACGGUUCACCAAUUCGUCAGCGGAAUUCCAAAAACGACGACUUUUCCUCUCCCUCUUUGUCUUCGUCCUCGUCCCCGCGAGGAACGUCGUCCAGAGACGAGGACGACGAUUCAGACGACGACGACGACGACGAUCGCGAAGGCGAGGACGAGUAUAAAAAAGGCGGGUACCACCGCGUUUCCAUCGGGGAUUGCUUUCACGAGAAUCGAUACCGAAUCGAGCGGAAAUUAGGCUGGGGGCACUUUAGCACGGUGUGGAUAGUGAACGAUUUAAAACGGACGACGAAAGAAGAAGAAAAAGAAAAAGAGAUUAAGUUUGAAGAGGAGAAUAAUAAACACACGUACGCGUUGAAGAUACAAAAGUCGGCGUCGCAUUACUUGGAAGCGGCGAGGGACGAGAUUGAGAUAUUGAAGCAGAUUGCGAGCGGACAAAGGAAAGAAAACGAGGACGAUGACGCUACGAGGAAGAAUGAAUACAGCGAGAACGCGAAACACGUGGUACAGUUGGUGGAUUCGUUCGAGCACAUAGGUGAGAACGGGACGCACGUGUGCAUGGUGUUUGAACGUCUGGGCGAUAAUUUGUUGACGCUGAUUAAACGGUACGAUUAUUUAGGUAUUCCAAUUCCAGGCGUGAGGAGAAUCGCGAUUGGUAUUUUGAAAGGGUUGGAUUAUUUGCAUCGCGAGAGGGAAAUCAUACACACGGAUUUGAAGCCAGAGAAUGUCCUUUUAACGAAGUUUUUACCGCCGAAGAUGUCGAAGAGAAGUCGGUCUUCGUCGAGCGUCGCGGCGGUUGGCCAGGCGACGCCGCCGGGGACGACGCCGACGAAGAUGGAGCAGAUGACGAAGGAUUUAGGAAACAUGAACAUGCCAAAUAACAGCGGCGCGAGUAACAAAGAUGAAGACGAUAUCGCGAGAGGAGAACAAGAGCAGAAAAAGUCUGUGGGAGGUGGAAAACCACCGCGUUUCACUCUCUCUCCAGAAGAACUGGAUAACUUAGAUGUGAAAAUCGUGGAUUUAGGUAACGCCUGUUGGACGUACAAGCAAUUCACCUCGGACAUUCAGACGCGACAAUACCGAUCGCCGGAGGUUAUUUUGGGCACUAAAUACGGUGCCGCGUGCGAUAUAUGGUCGUUAGCGUGCGUCAUUUUUGAACUCGUCACCGGUGACGUCUUGUUUGACCCUCGAAGUGGAGAAACGCACGAACGCGACGACGAUCAUUUAGCGCUCAUGAUGGAACUCGCCGGGAAGAAGAUGCCGAAGAAAAUCGCUCUCGGUGGAAAACGGUCGAAAGAUUUCUUUAACCGCUCGUGCGAAUUGAGGAACAUUAAAAACUUGAAGUUUUGGACGUUAGACCGCGUUUUAGUGGAAAAGUAUCGAUUAAACGAGGACGAGGCGAUGGAACUGACGGCGUUUUUGAAGCCGAUGUUGGAUUUCGACCCGAAAAACCGCGCUACCGCAGAGGAGUUGCUGAAACAUCCGUGGUUGAGCACGUACUAG